GCACAAGCCACACUAAGCCACCACCAGAUAACGAGUAGUGCAGACAGCCUAGUAGUAGCUUUGGUCUUGCGGCUAGCUUGGUAACCAUGGCCGCCUCUGCCUCUUGCAUUUCUCUGGUGGUGCUCGUGGCCCUGUCAACGGCGGCGUCGGCGCAGCUGUCCCCGACGUUCUACAGCGCGUCAUGCCCCGGGGCGCUGGCCACCAUCAAGAGCGCCGUGGCGGCCGCCGUGAGCAGGGACCCUCGCAUGGGCGCCUCGCUGCUCAGGCUGCACUUCCACGACUGCUUUGUCCAAGGCUGCGACGCGUCUGUUCUGCUGUCCGGCAACGAGCAGAACGCGGGUCCGAACGCAGGGUCACUGAGGGGCUUCGACGUCAUCGAUAGCAUCAAGGCGCAGGUCGAGGCCGUGUGCAGGCAGACGGUCUCCUGCGCCGACAUCCUCGCCGUCGCCGCCCGUGACUCCGUCGUCGCCCUCGGAGGCCCGUCAUGGACAGUUCCACUGGGAAGAAGGGACUCGACCACCGCAAACGCAGGUUUGGCAAACAGCGAUCUCCCUGGCCCUGGCUCCAGCCGGGCACAGCUCGAGGCCGCGUUCCUCAAGAAGGGCCUGAACACGGUCGACAUGGUGGCCCUCUCCGGCGCGCACACCAUCGGGCGGGCGCAGUGCAGCUCCUUCCGCUCCCGGAUCUACGGCGGCGACACCAACAUCAACGCCGCCUACGCCGCGUCGCUCCGGGCCAACUGCCCCCAGUCCGGCGGCAACGGCAACCUGGCGUCGCUGGACACGACGACGCCCAACACUUUCGACAACGCCUACUACAAGGACCUGCUGUCCCAGAAGGGCCUCAUGCACUCGGACCAGGUGCUCUUCAACGGCGACACCACCGACAACACCGUCCGCAACUUCGCGUCCAACCCGGCCGCGUUCACCAGCGCCUUCACGACGGCCAUGAUCAAGAUGGGCAACAUCGCGCCGCUCACCGGGACGCAGGGCCAGGUCAGGCUCACCUGCUCCAAGGUGAACUCCUGAUCGACGUACACGUCGACACGACACGCCAAUGAAUAAGUCCACAGAAGAAGUAGCCAAGACCAAUUAUAGCACUUCACAACCCGUCGUGCCGUUCGGGCGUGGUGCUUGAAGACCUGAAAUUUCAAAUGCGCUCCUGGAUUUCGAAGUGUGACGUUCGGGCAUGCAGAGGAGAGAUGCGAACAGUGCAACCCAUGCACUAGCCAAUCUACUAGCAUGCAGUAAUGUAAUGGUGCACAUGCUUUAACGUCGGAAUAGGACUGUCCAGCAGUGUUGCUGAUAAUGUAAUGGGUGACAUGCCCACGUCUUAAUAAUGCUUUGCUUUAGGCCAUCUCCAA